AUGCCGGACUUGCCCAGCUUCGAGCACGAGGUCGAACCACAGGCUGUGGCCCGACUCCCCGAAGAGCAGGAGUUCGCUUCGCCACCACCGCCUCCAAAAGUGCCGCCGAUGCCUCCGCCACCACUUCCCACCCAGCUUGGGCCCUUGUCGUGGAAGGGAGAGUUCUUCGCUCUCCCUGCAGAGGACAGGGAGGGAGAGCCGCGGCCACUCACAUGGGAAGAGGCACUGGUAGACUUCCUACCGAUCGGCGCAACCGUUCGCGGUGUCAUUCAGGAGCUCAGGCCCUACGGGAGCUUCAUCGGCUUGAUUGUCAACGGCAUGGCCAUGGGCAAGUUUGGCGAGGACUCUCGGAUCCGUGGCUUCUGCGAGGACCUGCGGAGUUCGUCUGAUCCUGCACAGCUGCAGGUGGGAGAGCACGUGGCGGUGAAGAUCGUGGAUGUUGACAUGCUGACGAAGCGGGUCUUCGUCUCCACGCGUGAGGCAGAUCCUCCCUGGCCUGCACCACGAGAGCGUGUUCUUCACACGCCGGAGAAGUAUGAGGAUCCGUCCUUCUUCCCGCUGCCAUAG